ACAAGUUUUCGAUCUGCUAUUUGCUUUUCCAUACAGAUCUCGUCUCUCUGCAAUCUCUAUCGUCUUCUCAAGAAGAGGAAUCAUGGGUCAAGGAACUCCCGGCGGUCUGAACCGGAACCUCCCCGGAGAUCGUAAGAAUGACGAAAAGAAGGAUAAGAAGUUCGAGCCGGCGGCGCCGCCUGCUCGCGUCGGACGGAAGCAGCGAAAACAGAAGGGUCCCGAGGCUGCCGCUCGGCUUCCUGCCGUGACUCCGCUAACGAAGUGUAAACUUCGGCUCCUGAAGCUCGAACGGAUCAAGGACUAUCUGUUGAUGGAGGAAGAGUUCGUGGCUAAUCAGGAGCGGCUGAAGCCCCAGGAGGAGAAGACGGAGGAGGAUCGAUCCAAGGUCGAUGAUCUCAGGGGGUCACCGAUGAGCGUCGGCAAUCUGGAGGAGUUGAUUGAUGAGAACCACGCCAUAGUUUCUUCUUCGGUGGGGCCGGAAUACUAUGUCUCUAUUUUGUCCUUCGUUGAUAAAGAUCAGCUCGAGCCUGGAUGUGCAAUUUUGAUGCACAAUAAGGUUCUCUCUGUUGUUGGUCUUCUUCAAGAUGAUGUUGAUCCCAUGGUUUCUGUGAUGAAGGUUGAGAAGGCUCCUUUAGAAUCUUAUGCUGACAUAGGUGGACUCGAUGCCCAAAUUCAGGAGAUCAAGGAAGCAGUUGAGCUUCCAUUAACACAUCCCGAGUUGUAUGAAGAUAUUGGUAUUAGACCACCUAAAGGAGUCAUUCUCUACGGAGAGCCUGGCACUGGAAAAACAUUGCUUGCUAAGGCAGUUGCUAAUUCCACUUCUGCCACCUUCUUGCGUGUUGUUGGAAGUGAACUGAUACAAAAGUACUUGGGAGAUGGUCCCAAAUUGGUGAGAGAACUAUUCAGGGUUGCCGAUGAUCUAUCACCAUCCAUUGUCUUCAUUGAUGAAAUCGAUGCGGUUGGUACCAAAAGAUACGACGCACACUCUGGGGGUGAGCGUGAGAUUCAGCGCACCAUGUUGGAACUGCUUAACCAGCUUGAUGGUUUUGAUUCAAGGGGAGAUGUUAAGGUUAUCCUCGCCACUAAUAAGAUUGAGAGCCUUGAUCCUGCCCUGCUCCGUCCAGGUAGGAUUGACCGGAAGAUUGAAUUUCCUCUCCCAGACAUCAAAACGAGGCGAAGGAUUUUCCAGAUACACACAGCAAGGAUGACACUGGCGGAUGAUGUCAACUUAGAAGAGUUUGUGAUGACCAAGGACGAGUUCUCCGGAGCAGAUAUCAAGGCCAUUUGUACUGAAGCUGGACUGCUUGCUUUAAGAGAAAGGCGCAUGAAGGUAACGCAUGCCGAUUUCAAGAAAGCAAAGGACAAGGUGAUGUUCAAGAAGAAAGAGGGAGUCCCCGAAGGGCUUUACAUGUAGUAGUCUCAUUCUCUUCACAAGUACUGUGACAGUUGAUGGCCUUUUUUUUUGUUGUUGCUUCCUCUGGUUUGUUUAAUUUGUGUGUUGACAACAUAAGAACACAGCUCUGUCCCCUUUCCGGGAACGCUUUUCGUACGAAGGUUCCAUUGCUCUGUCUCUCUUCUUAUUACUCCCUCCGUCCCAAUGUAGUCCGCUUUCUUGUUUUUUACGCCGUAAAUUCUUAUGAAUUCUCUAAAAUAUCCUAUAGAUAAGGUAUGAAUACCAUUGACAUUAAUGUGUCACAGUUUAAUUAUAAGGACUUGUUUGAGAUUUAGAAAACGGGAGAAGUAAAAAAGAGGAAUCCUA